AUGAGCCAAUCAGCAACUAGACAAACAGUUCUUCAACUAUAUAGAAGUAUGCAAAGAGAGGCAAACAAAUUCUCUAGCUACAAUUUCAGAGAGUAUUCAAAGAGAAGAAUAGCAUUGGGUUUCAGAGAAAAUAAAUUGGCAACACCAGAUCAAACUAAAGAUUUAAUCGUUCAAUCACAGAACGACUAUGAAAUGUUAAAAAGACAAGCAACAAUCAACUCACUGUAUGCUCAUAGAAAGGUUGUAGUUGAAUAA